AUGGCGGCCAGGGCCGCGGCCGUGGCGAGCCACAUGGCGCCGCGAGAAGGGCGGCGAAGACGCCGCCCAGGCCCGCGGCCGGCGCCGGGGCGUCGGCGCCAGGAAGGCCCACGCAGCCUCGCUGCCACGGGCGGGCGCUCAGCGCCACCACGCGCUGCUUGUCUUGCGGCUACAAUGAUGAUAUCACUACUACCAGAGGGGGUUUCGGCUAAAGCGAGCGGACCGACAGAUAUGAGCAGGAGUCUGACGGAGACUCAAUUCCUGGUUUUGGGUGGAAACUGGUUCUGGUGGGGUUUGGGCGGAGUUUCAAAUCAUUUGAGGAUUCAAUUUCGGGUCAAGUUGGCUGUUUGGAGCAGAAAUAAUUUCAGGCCACAUAUUGCUGUCCAGUGUGCUGAAAUUGAAAGCUUUAUAGUUGCUGUUUUCGCGUGGUCCCUGAUUGCUGUUCAACGAAAAGAGAAAAUGUCUGAAGAGGUGAAUCCAAAAGCUUAUCCAUUAGCUGAUUCACACUGA